AUGCGUUACACCGCCCGUCGCCCUCCCGUCGUCUCGUCGCCCCCCCUUCUGCCCGUUGCCUUCCCUUCCGCCCGCCGCCCUUCCAGAACCCUCGUCGCGCUCCCUUCCGCCCGUCACCCUCCCUUCCGCCCGUCACCCUCCCUUCUGCCCGUCGCCCUCCCUUCCGCCCGCCGCCCUUCCUUCCCCUCGUCGCGCUCCCUUCCGCCCAUCGCCCUCCCAUCGUCUCGUCGCCCUCCCUUCCGCCCGUUGCCUUCCCUUCCGCCCGCCGCCCUUCCAGAACCUUCGUCGCGCUCCCUUCCGCCCGUCGUCCUCCCUUCGUCUCGUCGCGCUCCCUUCUGCCCGUUGCCCCCCUUCGUCUCGUCGCCCUCCCUCCCGCUCGUCCCCUUGCAAUCCCCGUUUCUCUCUCUCUCGCUCACCCCGUCGCCCUCGUUUUCCCCGUCGCCCUCCCAUCCACUCCUCGUUGCCCUCGCCAUCCCUCCCUUUUCCCUUCUCAUCUCUCACACUUGUCACGCCCCCCUUUCCAACCCGCACAUACACCCUUCCCUCUCCCGAUUGACACAUGACCUGCGUUUCCUGGAAGAUGCGUUGCUGCAGUAUGACGUGGCGAAGGGCACUCGCAUGGUCCCUCCUUCUCCGCCCUCCCCCCCACAGCCCCCUCCCCCACCCAACCCCCCAACCCCCCGACCCUCCGCCUCCCCUCCAACCACAAGCAGACCUGCGUUUCCUGGAAGUGGGAAAGCACUGGGGGCGCAUGCAGCAGACGGCCAGGCAGAGGGGCGUGCAGCUGCUUCCAAUGCUCCCUUCGAAUGUUCUUCACCCCAAUCAACCGUUCUCUUUCCCCUUCAACCGUAUACCACCAGGUGGGAAAGCACUGGGGGCGCAUGCAGCAGACGGCCAAGCAGAGGGGCGUGCAGCUGCUACCAUUGCUCCCCUCAAUUGCGCUCCACCCCGUUCAACCGUUCUCCACCCCCACAACAGGUGGGAAAGCACUGGGGGCGCAUGCAGCAGACUGCCAAGCAAAGGGGCGUGCAGCUGCUGCUGAUGCCGCCAGGCAUGUCCAAGCGCAAGGCGAACCGAACCUACUUCCAGCACAGGUACCGCUCUGAACCCCUGCGCACCCAACACACCACAUUCUAUACAUUGCAGUUCCCUCCUUCUUGCUAG